CUCUUAUUUUGAAGGUGCCUCCGCCAGCUGCCCGGAUGUGCCUCCAUUCCAAGCUCCCGUCGGCAGCAGCAGCGUCUCUUCGUCACUGCGGUGGUAAAGUGUCAGUUAGCUCCUUCAGUCCUGACCCAGCAGAGUCUCUGUAUGUCUGGAUAAACCUCUGAAUGGACUUCUAGAGGUUCUCCUUUGGUUCUGGAUGUUGUUCCUCGGACUCAUCUCCCGCUACAAAGACAUUGAAGUUAGCUUAGCAUGCUAACAGCGCUAGUCCCAGUUUAAAGGAGAGGAAACGGGCUUUGUGACGGACUUUGUGUGGAGAAAACGUUUCUGUCGUUGGGGCGAAAUGUCUAAAGUCCAAAUGCUGAGAUGUUUCGUCAACCAGCGACUCACUGCGGCUGCGCAGGAGAUAUGUGGGCUGUUUGAAAGAACGAUAGCAGAGUACGAGGAGGAACUUUGUAGUUCUCAAGAGGAGAACGAGCGACACCGGAAACGACUUGACGCGGACAUAAACUCCCACAUCCGGUUACAACGAGCAGACGUCCAGCAGCUGUUGGAGGUUCAAGAAGAGGUUCCCCUUGAGCAGCAGGACUGGAGCACCAGCCUGGAACAGGAUGAACCAGAUCCCCCCCACAUUAAAGAGGAACAGGAGGAACUCUGGACCAAUCAGGAGGGAGAGCAGCUUCAAGGUCUGGCAGAGGCUGGUAUCAGGUUCUCAUUCUCUCCUGUGAAGAGUGAAGAUGAUGAAGAGGAAGCUCAGUCCUCUCAUCUUCAUCAAAGACUAACUGAACACAUGGAAACAGAAGCUGAUGGAGAGGACUAUGGAGGACCAGAACCAGACAGGAAGUCAGGACCAGAUACUGAUGAAAAAACUGGAGACUCUACUGAACCUGAUACUGAUGACAGUGUUGAUUGGAAGGAGACCAGAGAACCUCAGUCAGGUUUAAACUCUCUGAAUAAUGAAGACGUUCAUGUCAGUGAUUCAAAAUGUAGUUCUGGUGAGAAACCACUAAUCUGCUCUGAAUGUGGAAAAAGAUUUCACCUCAUGGGAGAUUUAAAGAAACACAUGAGAAUCCACACAGGAGAGAAAACGUUCAAGUGCUCAGUUUGUGAUAAAAUCUUUAAGCGCAAGUCACGUCUGAAGAGACACAUGUUGACUCACACAGGAGAAAAACCGUUCAAUUGCUUAUUCUGUGAUAAAAGCUUUAAGCGCAAGUCAAGUGUGAAGAGACACAUGUUGAUUCACACAGGAGAGAAACCGUUCAGCUGCUCCGAGUGUGAUCGAGGUUUCGCUUACAGACACCAUCUGAAGAUCCACAUGUUGAGGCACACGGGAGAGAAACCUUUCAGCUGCUCACAGUGUGGUAAAUCUUUUACGCUGAGCGGAGAUUUAAAGAAACACAUGAAGGUUCACACAGGAGAGAAACCUUUCAGCUGCUCCGAGUGUGACAGAGGUUUCGCUUACAGACACCAUCUGAAGAUCCACAUGUUGAGGCACACGGGAGAGAAACCUUUCAGCUGCUCACAGUGUGGUAAACCGUAUACACGGAGGGUAGAUUUAAAGAGACACAUGUUAACUCACACAGGAGACUCACUCUAGUGCUUCUUCUAAAGGUAACCGUGUCACUGACCUCAACUUGACCUCGCCUCAAUGGUGCCAGCUAUAACAGAUCGUAUUAGUGUAAAGUUGUCUCGUAUUUAGUCUUUCUCGUUCACCUCUCAGGGACGCAGCCAAACAACAAAUGUAAUUUGUUGCAGGAAUGAAGGAGCAGGAGGGGGAUGAGGAGCAAACAUUUCAUCAAUAAUAUGACUGUAUAAAUCUAUGUUGCACUCUCUUUCUGGGUCAGACCUAACCAUAUGUGGGCUGGAGCUUUGGUCAAUCAAUUAAAUCAUUCCUCGUUUGUGUUAAAUAAAUGCUUAAAGACA